CAUCAGUUAACCUUUAUGACAUAUUUUCUCAUUUUGUCACUUUAACAGCCAAGAAUAUUUGUUAGUAAAAACAUUAGUUACAAUGCAAAUUGAAAUGAAAAUAUUGACAUUUCAGAAAUGUCACCUAUUAAGUAUUUUAAACGAAAAUAUUACCUAUUUUCUUGAAACUAAUUAAACAUACCAUAGUUUAUAAAAAUCGGGCUGGGCCGUUGUGUCCUAAGGUAUUUUUUAAAAUAUAUUUGAUUGUUUUUACACACAGAUUCUGACAGUGACUUCAAAGUAGCAAAAGAGUUAUAUCUUUAUCAUCUUAGAAAAUUAUUCAUUGGCCCAUAUCGUUGAUCAAUGCAGAGAUUGCAUCAAUCAAUGCAACAAUGAAACUAUUGCUCCAUUAUACAUGGAUAAUGCUACAAAUAUUGCUCCAUGUUUUUCACACUUCUCUUGUGUGUCUUAGACUUUCUGUUACGAAUAACAUUUGCACAUGCUGCAGGUAGACUGUUAAAUAGGCAGGCAAAAAAAACAUCAAAUAUGUGACCAACAAGUAUUGCAUUAUUAAUAGUUAUUACUAGAUAAUAAUAAUAACAAUUUAGCACACAUUGAUCUUGUGAUGACAGUAUCUAUCAAUCAGACUGUAUUGUACAGAGCAAUGUUCAUAGUUUAUAUUUGCAGGCAAGCCUAAAUAGCAUUAUUUAAAAUCAAUUUGUAUUUACUUGACCUUAACUCAAUAAAAAAAUUAGGUGGCCUAAAAAAGGGGGAAAAAAAUAGUAAUUAUGUUGUACUUGUUGAUUAUUUACUGUUAAAUGCAAAGUUUAUUUGAAAAUGACUACACUUAAAAAAAAGUUAAGUUUAAAAGAUUUAAAUUUCAAGUUUAGUACUUUCAAUUUCCUGACAGUACAUGACUCGGGACUUGAAUGUCUUGACUUGGGACUUGUCUUAAGUUGAACGGAUUUACUCAUAUUUGUGACUUGCAAAACACUGACCUUAGUCCCAUCUCUGAAAAUUUUAGUACAAUUUUAACAUUGUUGAAAAACAUAGUUUGUAAUUUACAAAGCAAGAUAAUGGGAUGAGGGGAAUUGAAUUGUCUCCCAAAUAUGACACAAAUCAUUCAUUGUUUCUCUCUUGUAGCCCAUUGUGUCAUGAACUGGAUGCACCUCUAGUUAUAUGCAUUAGUGACUGAGAACUGACCUAGUAGUGCUGAGUGCUGUACCUGGCUUCAGGCCAGUCGCGUGUCUGAAAAAUUCCCAGUACCAUGUGCGAGCUGAUGCACAUGGCCGCUGGAUUGUGGUGUCAGGACUUUCCUUAAAGGUGUUUUCAUUCUCUCAGAUUUUAUUCUGGCGUUCAGCUUUUGUCAGGAAAUGCCUGUUUAGUACUUUUCUUACCUUCCUGUCUUCACACUCUUCCUCAGCACUGUUGCAUAAUGGCCCAACUUUGACCUUGUUUAAGUGCUGGUGUUGAUUUGAAAUCAAUUUUAACAUUUGGGAACUGGUUUAUCUGCGUGUUUUGGCAAUCUGUAAAUAAAUCGGCACAUAGAAGCCGAUGCAAGGACUCAAAAAAAGGAAGCACUCAUUCUGCAAAUCUACAACAUGGGAGAUAUCCAGUACUUUGGGGGUUAAGUUGAGAAAGUUAAUGUAAUAACUGCUAGCACCAUCUGCUGGCCUACUUCCUCACAAAGAGAGAGAGAAAGAGAGAGAGGGGGUGAGUGAGCGAGAGAAAAACGAGUCUGGGUUUUAACGACAUCUCUAAUAUUCAUGCUGAUGCAUUUUGCUUCUUUGUGCUUUCAUUUUCCACUGCUGCGGCUGCCUGAGUCGCAAGCUCGCCACACACCCCAGCCAGGCGGAUAGAAGGGCAACAAGCUAGGACCAGGAAAGGGAUAAGUAUAGGGAGGGGAAAGAGAAGGGAAAACCAACCAAACCAAACAACCGAGAAAGGUCAAACAAAGCCUUUUCUGUAAGCAACAAGAGGAGAAACCUACCUUUAUCUGUCUGCUGAAGAAGACGAGGAGAGACGUAAUAAGGGAGACGACAGAGCAGAAACGGCGUAAAGAAGGAGAAUUAAGAGGACCAGAGAGGCACCGAGAGCACACUCACGAGAGGCAGGAGGAAAAGGGGACUCAAUGUGGGGGGGAGGAGAGAGGAGGCAGGGUAAGGCAACUCUGACACACACGCGCAGAGAGAGAGAGUAAGGCUGAAGCCGGACGACGGCGAAGCAGCACGCAGCAGCAGAAUGAGAGCUUCCUGGACUGCCACGCACCUCCUCUACCGCCAACAGCGCUGCUCCCUCAUCACCCUGUGAAGAAACGAAAGAGGGAGGAAGAGAGAGAGAGCUCCCCAUGCGCUCCUCUUGAGCCCUGCCCGCUGGGGGAGGAGGCGACGGAACGGUUCCAGCACCGCUCUCACUCUCGCCCGAGGAGACAAGCUGACCGGGAAAGGAGGAGGAGGAGGGAGGAGGGGAGGAAAACCAGGAACAAGCAAGUGAGGGAAGGGAGGGGAGGGGGGACACCAGCUCAAGGAAGAGUGACAGAAACCGGACUGUGGAAAAAAAAAAAAAGAGAGGAGUGUUUGGAAGAGAAGGAGUGAGUGAGCAACAGAGAGAGCAGGAACACGGUGAAAGGGCAAGGCUUUUGUUAGCCGGUUGGAGAGGGGGAGCAAAGAGGAAGAAAAAAAAACUCACCAUGUCUACAGUGAAGAGGCCAAGAGGAAGGCCUCGAAAAAACCCCAAUGGUCCCAGUAGCCAGGUGCGGGUCCUCAGUCCCCCUGUGAAGAGCAGCUCUUCCUCCUCCUCUUCCUCUUCUUCUUCGUCUUCAUCCUCAUCCAGCUCCUCAUCGGAGAAGAGGGUGCCACGGAGGACACACCAUCAGAUGGAGUCAAAUCUGCAUGAGAAGCAAGAGAAGGCCAAUAGGAUAAUAUCAGAAGCUAUCGCCAAGGCCCGACAGCGAGGAGAGAAGAACAUCCCACGAGUUAUGAGCCCGGAGAGCUUCCCCAGCUCUUCUUCUCAGUACAAGAGCCACCGUGAGCGCGAGCACAAGGGAAACGGGAAGGCCCGGACCAAAGAGAAAUCCUCCAGGAAGGCUUGCAUUGUACCCUCCUCAAAGUCCAAGCAAAAGACCAAGAUCGGGAAAAUUGUCAUCAAGAUUGGAAAGAGGAAAAAGCGAAAGCCAGAUUCGUCAGAGGAGGAGUCGGAUGAUGAUCCCCCGCCUCGUCACUCUUCUAAGGAUGAUGAUUCUAAGAGGCGGUCGAACCGUCAGGUGAAGAGAAAGAAGUAUGCUGAAGAGCUGGAGGCCAGAUUGUCAGAUGAGGAUGUCAAAGUUAUUGUGAAAGCCAAGAAAAGCAACACUGCUGCAUCCAAGGACCCUUCUGUUCAGCUGUUUGUUGAGAAUCCGACAGAGGAGGAUGCUGCUAUUGUUGACAAAAUCAUGUCUUCUCGUAUCAUGAAGAAAGAGGUAUCUCCAGGGGUAAUGGUAGAAGUGGAAGAGUUUUUUGUAAAAUACAAAAACUAUUCCUACCUCCACUGUGAAUGGGCCACUGAGCAGCAGCUAGAAAAGGACAAGAGGAUUCAGCAGAAGAUCAAACGCUUCAAGAUGAAACAAGCACAGAGGGCGCUCUUCUUCACAGAUAUGGAUGAGGAACCUUUCAACCCAGACUAUGUGGAAGUCGACAGAGUGCUCGAAGUGUCGUACUGCGAGGACAAAGACACAGGAGAGGAAGUGGUGUACUACCUGGUGAAGUGGUGUUCUCUGCCUUAUGAGGACAGCACAUGGGAGCUGAAGGACGACGUCGAUCAGAGCAAAAUUGAAGAGUUUGAGCGGCUGCAGGCAGUCAAGCCAGACUCGCGCAGAGUGGAGCGGCCUCCAGCCAACCUUUGGAAGAAGAGGGAGCAGUCGAGGGAGUACAGAAAUGGCAACACUCUCAGGGAUUACCAGCUGGAGGGAGUCAACUGGCUUCUUUUCAACUGGUACAACAGGCGCAACUGCAUCUUGGCUGACGAGAUGGGCCUGGGAAAGACCAUCCAGUCAAUCACAUUCCUGGAAGAGAUCCAUCGUAUCGGCAUCAAAGGGCCCUUUCUCAUCAUCGCCCCCCUCUCUACUAUUGCAAACUGGGAGCGAGAGUUUCAUACUUGGACUCACCUUAAUGUCAUCGUUUACCACGGCAGCAUGAUCAGCAGGCAGAUGCUGCAGCAGUAUGAGAUGUAUUUCAGAGAUGCACAGGGUCGCGUGAUUCGAGGUGCCUACAAGUUCCAAGCUGUGAUCACCACGUUUGAGAUGAUCCUGGGCGGCUGUCCCGAGCUCAAUGCCAUCGAGUGGCGCUGUGUGAUCAUCGACGAGGCCCAUCGUCUUAAGAACAAGAACUGCAAGCUGCUCGAGGGCUUCAAACUCAUGAACCUGGAGCACAAAGUCCUUCUGACGGGUACGCCUCUGCAAAACACAGUGGAGGAGCUUUUUAGUCUCCUCCACUUCCUGGAGCCGGCACGCUUCCCCUCUGAGAACAACUUCAUGCAGGAGUUUGGUGACCUCAAGACAGAGGAGCAGGUGCAAAAGCUUCAGGGCAUCCUGAAGCCCAUGAUGCUGCGUCGUUUGAAAGAAGACGUGGAGAAGAAGCUGGCUCCCAAAGAGGAAACCAUCAUUGAGGUGGAGCUCACCAACAUCCAGAAAAAAUACUAUCGCGCCAUCCUGGAGAAGAAUUUCUCCUUCCUGGCUAAAGGAGCUGGCCAGUCAAAUAUGCCCAACCUGGUCAACACCAUGAUGGAAUUAAGAAAGUGUUGUAACCACCCCUACCUCAUAAAAGGGGCGGAAGAGAAGAUCCUAGAGGAUUUCAGGGAAGUACACAAUUCCACUGCCGCUGACUUUCACCUGCAGGCGAUGGUGCAGUCUGCUGGAAAGUUGGUCCUCAUUGACAAACUGCUGCCCAAGAUGAAAGCAGGAGGACAUAAGGUGCUCAUCUUCUCCCAAAUGGUGCGCUGUCUGGAUAUCUUGGAAGACUACCUCAUUCAGAAAAGGUACUUGUAUGAGCGCAUCGAUGGACGUGUUCGUGGAAACCUGCGACAGGCUGCCAUUGACCGCUUCAGUAAGCCCGACUCGGACCGCUUUGUUUUCCUUCUGUGUACGAGAGCUGGAGGCCUGGGCAUCAACCUCACCGCAGCAGACACCUGCAUCAUCUUUGACUCUGACUGGAACCCUCAAAACGACCUGCAGGCUCAGGCUCGCUGUCAUCGAAUCGGUCAGAACAAGGCGGUGAAGGUGUACCGACUUAUCACCAGGAACUCGUACGAGCGAGAAAUGUUUGACCGCGCCAGCCUGAAGCUGGGACUGGACAAAGCAGUGCUGCAGAGCAUGAGUGGCCGUGACAACAGUCUUGGAGGAGGAACGGGAGGAGGGGCUGCACAGCAGCAGUUGUCCAAGAAAGAGAUUGAAGAUCUGUUGCGACGUGGCGCCUAUGGAGCCAUCAUGGAUGAGGAAGAUGAAGGGGCCAAAUUCUGUGAGGAGGACAUUGACCAGAUCCUUCAGCGUAGGACAAAGACCAUCACAAUUGAGUCUGAGGGACGAGGAUCCACUUUUGCCAAGGCCAGCUUUGUAGCAUCUGGAAACCGCACAGACAUCUCUCUGGAUGACCCUAAUUUCUGGGACAAGUGGGCCAAGAAAGCUGACAUUGAUAUGGAUAUGGUCAAUGGCAGAAACAGCUUAGUGAUCGACACUCCUCGUGUAAGAAAGCAGACGAGACCUUUCAGUGCCACCAAAGAUGAGUUGGCAGAGCUGUCAGAGGGUGAAAGUGACAGCGAUGAGACCAAGCCGAAGCUCAGAAGAAACGAUCGCCUCAACAGUUACGGCCGCACAGAGUGCUUCAGAGUGGAGAAGAAUUUGCUUGUAUAUGGAUGGGGUCGAUGGAAAGACAUCCUCAACCACGGUCGCUUUAAAAAGCAGCUGACUGAAUGGGACGUGGAGUCCAUCUGCAGAGCCCUUCUAGCUUACUGCCUAGUCCAUUAUCGAGGCGAUGACAAAAUAAAGAGCUUCAUGUGGGACCUCAUAGCGCCGACUGAAGACGGGCGUACCAAGGAGCUGCAGAAUCACCUCGGCCUGUCUGCCCCGGUACCUAGAGGCAGAAAAGGCAAAAAGAUGAAGACUCAAACUAGUUCUUUUGACAUCCACAAAGCCGAGUGGCUUCGGAAACACAAUCCUGAGCACAUGCUGCAGGACGACGGCUACAAGAAACAUCUGAAACAUCAUUGCAACAAGGUGCUGCUCCGGGUCAGAAUGCUCUACUACCUGAAACAAGAGGUGAUAGGAAGUCAAGCCCAGAAGGUGCUAGACGGCGGGGACUCCAGUGAGGUAAAGAUCUGGGUUCCGGAUCCGGACCACUCAGAGCUGCCAGCCCUUUGGUGGGAUGCAGUCGCUGAUAAAUGUCUGCUGCUGGGUGUCUUUAAGCAUGGGUAUGAGAAGUACAACACUAUUCGCGCAGACCCAACUCUGUGUUUCUUAGACCGUGUCGGGCGACCGGAUGAGAAGGCCAUCGCUGCAGAGCAGAGAGGCAAUGACUUUAUGGAUGGGGAUGUGGAUGAUCCAGAGUACAAGCCUGCACCAGCUCUUCUGAAAGACGACAUGGAGGAUGACGCCUCUUCCCCUGGAGAUUUGGUUGUCUCUGAUAAUGCUGGAGACGCACCUCCAGUGACGGAAGGCCAGACAUCCUACUGGCCCUCCCCCUCAGUGUUGACAGCCAGACUGAGGCGACUGAUCACGGCGUCUCAGCGCUACACCAAGAGCCGGCAGAUCCUGCACAUCCACCAGACUCAGUCCCAGUCUCAACCCCAGCAGGCCAUGAUGCUCUCUGCCCCCAUCUGCCCGCUGCCCCCCGCACUCAAAGACACACUCAACCCCAAGAUGGCUGCAAAGAUUGAACGCCAACAGAGGUGGACAAGGAGAGAAGAGGCCGAUUUUUAUCGGGUUGUGUCCACUUUUGGUGUCGUUUUUGACCCGAACCUCGGGCGAUUUGACUGGACCAAGUUCAGGGCCAUGGCCCGGCUGCAUAAGAAAACAGAUGAGAGCCUGCAGAAAUACCUCUGCGCCUUCACUGCUAUGUGUAGACGAGUGUGUCGCCUGCCACCCAAAGAUGGAGAUUCUGCAGUGGAUCCAUCCCUGACCAUCCAGCCAAUCACAGAAGAGCGAGCCUCUCGUACCCUGUACAGAGUAGAGCUGCUUCGCCAGGUCAGGGAACAAGUCCUCAGACAUCCACUGCUGUUUGAACGUCUGUCCCUGUGCCAGAUGAGCUCUGACUUACCCGUGUGGUGGGAGGCCGGAACUCACGACCGCGACCUGCUGAUCGGCGCCGCAAAGCACGGCGUCAGUCGGACGGAUUACCACAUUCUUAGAGACCCCGAUCUGUGCUUCAUGGCAGCCCAACGCAACUACAGCCAGGUGAAAGCCGCACAGCAGCAGCAGCAACGCACAACAACCCCGCUCCUGCUCCCUCAGUACCAGGCUGCCGGACCGUUACCGACGGGCUCCCCACUGCCCCCGCCCACCCAGAGAGACCCGGACCCCUGUGGGAUUGUGCCUAAAGUGGAAGCAGCUUCAGAAGAAGAGGAGAUUAAAGAAAGACAGGGGGAGAGCUGGAGCCCCCAGCAGCCUCCAGCGACUCCGACAGGUCUGGAGGAGAAGCCCGUUUCCGUGGUGAAGGACAGCGAGAGGCAGAUGGUGGCGGCGCGCACCAAGCCGCUCACACCCAACUCCACAGAAAGGAAACCCAAGAAGGCGAGCAAAAGGGGCCGCAGGGAGGCCCGGCGAGGCUCUGAGUCAGACUCGGACGGUUCGUCCUCAAGCUCUUCGUCACGAUCUUCUUCAUCCUCAUCCUCAUCUUCUUCCUCCUCCUCACAUUCCGGGUCCAGCUCUUCGUCCUCCUCCUCGUCUUGCUCCUCUGGCUCUUCGUCGUCAUCGUCGUCCUCAUCCUCCUCUUCUGAUGACAGUGAAAGUGAGGGAGAGGAAGCAAAGAAGAAAGUGCCUGUAACAACAAGUGUUAAGGGUUUUGAUGAGGACAGCGUGGCCUCCCUCAGCACCACACAGGACGAAAUGCAAGACUCACAUGUGUCUGAGAAUGGAGUCACGAACAACUCCGCCCAUCCUUUCCAGGGUGGAGGCUACAUGUUGGCUGCGUCGUACUGGCCCAAGGACCGUGUGAUAAUCAACCGUCUGGACAGCAUCUGCCAGGCCGUGCUCAAGGGCAAGUGGCCUGGCCAUCGUCGGGUCUACGAGCCCGGCAGCACGGUCGCCUCCUUCUACACCACUAAACUGCUGGACAACGCCAACAGCCUGUGCGAGGACCCCUCUGCCUCUCCACAGGGGUCAAAGGUGACCAAGCAUGUUGCAGAAAACAAGGAGUUCUCAGUAAAGCUCAAUGAUCAGGAAGGAGGUCUGAAGCUGACCUUCCAGAAGCAGGGGUUGCCUAUAAAGAGACCCCUAGAGUCUGAGGAGGGCCCCCAGGCCCAGCAACAGUAUCUGGCCCGGCUUCAUGAGCUGCAGAGCGCUUCGGACACAGGCCUGGCAGACAUAACCAAGCCUCAAAGCUCUUUCCAGACUGUUACUCCAGGUGUUAGUGGUCAGAUAAGGUUGAACGGAGUAAUGGACGGCCAGCCAGUGGUUAAGAAGCGACGGGGGAGAAGGAAGAAUGUAGAAGGAAUGGAGCUGCUCUUCAUGAACAAGAAUAAAUUAUCUGCUACUCCUGACCCGGUGGCUCCAGGAUGGGGUGGAAUUGGCCAGGUGGGCAUCACAGGAGCUGCUGCACAAAUGAACUCCAGUCAGAUCCCUGCAGACACAGACACCAGAAUCCCCGUCAUCAACCUGAAGGACGGCACCCGACUGGCAGGCGAUGACGCUCCCAUGAGGAAAGACCUAGACCAGUGGCUUAGGGAACACCCAGGCUUUGUCGCAGAUACAGGAGCUUUUAUCCCAGGAGUCAAUAAGAUGCAGAUGCAGUUCCACUUCCAAGAUGGCCGACCCAAGCAGAAGCGGCACCGCUGCAGGAACCCUAACAAGAUCGACGUCAACAGUCUAACGGGCGAGGAAAGAGUCCAGAUUAUAAACAGGAGAAAUGCUCGCAAGGUCGGUGGAGCUUUUGCUCCUCCUCUUAAGGAUCUGUGCCGGUUCCUUCAGGAAAAUCCAGAGUAUGGGGUCCCACCUGAAUGGGCUGAUGUGGUUAAACAGUCGGGUUAUCUCCCUGAGAGCAUGUUUGACCGGAUCCUGACUGGACCCAUCGUUCCCGAGGAGGUGAGCCGACGAGGACGCCGACCGAAGAAUCCCCUGGCCAAGGCAGCGGUGGCUGCGGCGGCUGCGGCAGCACCCAGCUCUGCACCCUCCGCCCUGGGUUUAAAUUCCCUGCUGGCUAACGGACUCCUCUCUGGCAUGGACCUCAGCAGUCUGCAGGCCUUCCAGCAAAACCUCCAAAGUUUACAGUCCCUGCAGCUCACUGCAGGCCUCAUGGGACUGCCACCAGAUGCCAGCAACCUGGCUGCGAGCAAUCUCGCCGCCAUGUUUCCCAUGAUGCUUUCUGGAAUGGCCGGAUUGCCAAACCUGCUCGGCAUGAGCAGCAUGCUUGGAAAGCCUACUCAGGAAGCUGCGGGAGUUUCCGAAGAGAAGACGAAGGGAACCGACAGCAGCGGAACAUGCGAGCCGUCUAAUGCCCCCUCUAACACUUUGGAAACCAAAGGAGAAAGGACAGAGGACGUAAACACGACUCCUUCCUCCACUUCCAGUUCUGCUUCCUCUGCCACUGUCACACCAAGUGCUUCAGCUGCCUCUGCAGCCACCAGUCACCCACUCUCUCUUAACCCCUUGUUACUCUCCAGUAUGCUUUACCCAGGGAUGCUCCUCACUCCAGGCCUUAACCUUCCUGUGUCUGCCACACAGCUGCAGAGCUCAAACAGUGACCCUUCAACCCUUCCAUCUGCUGCUGCUGCUCCUCUUCCGUCUGCUCCCACAGCCUCCCAGUCCUCCCUGACUGAAAUGGAGCAGCCGUCAGGAAAGGAGGAAGAAGAGGAGGAAGAGGCGCCUGAGGAGGGUUUGGACGACGAGGAAGAGGAUGACGAGGAAUCUGCAGAACCGAGAGAAAACAGCGGCCCUGAAGGUUCAGCAAAAGCCGAGUCAUCUUCGUCGGAGUCCGGGAGCUCUUCCUCAUCCUCUGGUGAUUCGGACUCCAGUGACGAGGACUGAACCUACGAACAGAAAAUGAAAAAUUUAUUUAUGUAUUGCCUAGAAAUGUAGACAUUUAUUCACAUAUAUAUGGAUUUUCCAGCACUUAUGUUGCGAUUUCUUUACGUGUAAAUACAAGAACUAACUACGUUGUGUAAAAAAGACUGUAAAAACCUUUAAAAAAAAAACUGACUUAAAGGAGCCAGAAAAAAUGUCCAUGUCUAUUCACAAGGUACAGUCUUGUAUUGAGACAUUUUGCAUGUCAGACUUUGGUAGACUUUCUGAACUCUGUGAACCUGUACCACCUGAUUAUGUACAAUUGCAACAGAAGAAAAGGCAUUAUUGUAAUUAUGUCAGGAUUAAUUUUAUUAAAAAACAAAAAAGAUGAAACUACAUCAACUUGCUCGUUGAGCAGUACUAUUAAUAUAUUUUGAUUGUUUGGGGAGGAGGGGGGGGUUGACACUUUUCAAACACUUUGGUUUCACUUGUAAAAUAGCCAGUACAUUUGCAGGUUUGUUGACACUUUGGCUUUGCAGAUGGAUGUUGGAUAAUGUCAGCAAUAACCUGGGCAGCUAAUGAAUGUCACUGAAGCUGUAGAUUCUCUCAUCUGCCAUGUUUCCACCCCCAGUUCACUACUCAUUCAUCCUAUCCCUUCCCUUCUUUUUUCUUAUUCAGGAUUACAUAUUGAGUGGGAAAUGUAGAAUGUUCACAAUCAGAAAUAAUUUGAUAGUAGAACAUUUAUUUGCCUACUCCCUAGGAAUGACACAUUCUAGUUUGUAGUCCCUCAAAUAUUCACUUGUGUAAUUGUUAGUUGACAUGAUCAACUAAUGACAGAAAUUCAGUUUCUACUGUGUGCCAAAAACUGCCCUUUUACCCUCAGAUGUCCUGAAAGUGUUGUGGAUAUUAUUCCUUAGAUCCCAUUGUAUUUGACUGCGUCUUUACCUCAGCUUUGCUAAAAGAGUUGACUUCACUGUGCAGAUGUACAUAUGCAUGUCUGUCAGUUUCUCCUGGACCGUGUGUGAAUGUGUGUCAGAAGCCAAGUUUCCCCAGCUCCUCUGUGACUACGUGAUGCUGUUUCUCCCUCCACGGCCCGGUAACUCCUGCUUCCAGAACUUUUCCAGUCUGAAUGUUUUUGUGUUUAUGGAGCUUCACUGGUUUUGACUUGUGAACACCGCAUUACAAGUGUUCUUUUAUCUUCAAACAUGCCUCUUCAGGACUCUGAAGGAAGUUUAAUGUGUUGCAUGACAGCCUGUGGUGUUAAAAAUACAAGUGCCACAAGCACAACACGGAUCAAUCCUGUUUAAGACUGUAUUGAUUGUUCAUUAUAGCUGAGUAUUAAAGUUAGCGUUGGGUGGGUUUGCUUCAGGAAGGGCUUGAUCAUUUCAAUUUGCGUUGCUGGGAGUCUGCAGCUUUGUCUCAUUUUAUCAUUCACAAAUCUGUUUUGCUGACAAACUGAGCUUCAGCUAGAUGUAGAAGUGCCCUUAUCCUGCACCUCAUCCUCCCAUAGAGCCACUCACUCACCAUGCUUGUGUGUUUCCUUCAGCUUUCCCCUCGCACAUUCAUUUUAGAGCUGUAACCAGGUUACAAAUAAACACUGGACUACACUCGAGCCGAAGUACCUUUUUGUAAUCUCUGGCACAACAGUGCUUGCUCUAGGACUGCUGUUACACCGUUGACUGUUAGAUAUUUCCAAGGAGAAGGGCCCCCUGGAUAAACUGUUGAAUUCUUAAGUAUCUGUAGCACCUCUCUUUCUCUCUCCAGUGGGCUUUAUGAUAAUAAUAAUAAAAAAAAAAUUGCGAGGUCUGAACACAAAGACUGAAGACACGUCUGUUUUCUAAUGUUGCUUUAAAGUGGUUUUCUUGUAUGCCUGCUCUAUAUAGACCUCAUCAUGGUUUGCUUUCAAUGCAACUUGCAUUUUUUAAUGAUUACUAACAGUAUGGUAUUUUUCUAUGUCUGAGCAAAACAUACCACUGUCAUUUUGUAUAUCUACACCUCUGCUCUGUUUUAACUGGUAGUGCCCUUAUGCAAACACCCAGCCACUGCUCCGUCUGCUGUAAGCCACUGAUCGAAUGAUUAUUUGUCGCCCCUCAGCGACGCCUCAGUGAAUUGAUUUGUGUGCUAGGGCUUGAAACAACAGAAGUGGGAACGUAAAAGGACUCAAAUCGGAAAUGUUUGAGUUCAUAAUGUGGCUUGACGCAAGUAAACAGAGACCAAUAUGCAAGGGGAGUGACAAAACACUACUGCUGUAAAAGGAGGACACAAUGAGCAAACGUGGGUUUUGUAUUUUUGGUUCAAGCUUGAUAAGACCAUAAAAUGUCACCUUGGUCAGUUUGUCUUUAUUUUUCUCAUUGGAAAGUUGUAAUUCUUGCAAGAUGUGGUCUGUGUAGUCAAAAUAAUUAUUGUAGUGCAGGAAAAUGCGUCUUAAAGUAAUUUGUAAUUUAUUGGAUUACUUUCUAUGAAGUUCUAUAGAGGAAAUUGAGGUUUAAUUAUUUUUAUUAAACAUAUUCUUCUGACUAUUCA